GCCCGCCGUUCGCUCGCUCCGGCGCCGUUUUCCUCUUGCCCGUAACUCGGGGGGGGCUCCCUUCUUUUGCCAGUGGGAAAAUGGCGACGGAGGGAACGAGAGGGGAGCCCGGCUCCAACGGUCGCGAGGAACCAACGGCGGCGAAAAGAGAAUUCGAUGUGGACAGUCUCAGCAAAUCAGAAUUGAGGAUGCUUCUGAGUAUUUUAGAAGGGGAGUUGGAAGCACGAGAUCUUGUGAUUGAAGCUUUGAGGGCACGGAGGAAAGAGGUUUUCAUCCAGGAACGGUAUGGCAGAUUUAAUCUUAGUGACCCAUUUUUGGCUCUGCAGCGAGAUUAUGAAGCAGGAGUUGGUGCCAAAGAGAAGAAGUCUAUCUGUACCAACCCGCUCUCAAUUUUGGAAGCUGUUAUGGCGCAUUGCAGAAAAAUGCAAGAGAGGAUGGCAGCACAGUUGGUUACUGCAGAAAACAGGCAAAAGAAGUUGGAAAUGGAGAAAUUCCAGCUAGAAGCUCUUGAAAUGGAACAUAAGAAGCUCUGUACUCGACUGGAGGAGGAGCGUGGCAAGAAUAAACACGUCGUAUUGAUGCUCGUGAAAGAAUGCAAACAGCUAUCCAGCAAACUGGUAGAAGAGGCCCAGAAGUUGGAAGAAGUCAUGGCUAAAUUUGAGGAAGAGAAAAAGAAAGCCAAGGAGCUGGAAGAAUCUCUUGCUGUGGAGAAACAACGGAGCACCCAGAUGGAAGCCCAAAUGGAAAAGCAGCUUUCUGAGUUCGACACAGAGAGAGAGCAGCUGCAUGCCCGCCUCAGCAGAGAAGAAGUUCACACAAGUGACCUCAAAGAAGAGAGGGAGAGAAUGAGAAAAACCAUCGAGCAGCUCAGCAAGGAAAGCGAUGCAAAACCCCACCUUUCUCUUCCACGAAGGAACAAAGAGAGGGGCUUCGCUUCUGUCUCCACUGGAACAGAGGGACCAAUUUUGAGGACACUUUCCUGCCAGACAGAUGCAGUAUUAAUAGACAGUGGAAAUGAAAGUGUUAGAAAGUUGCCUUUAACAGUACCCGUAAAGCCUUCAACCAUCCACCCUUUGCAUUCGGGGCACGCAAAAGUGAAUGUAUCCUCCAAUGCAGCAUUUGUGAAGCCCAUCAUUGACAGGCAUUCAUCCUGCAGCGACCUUCUUCUCUCCCCUGUAACUUCAAAUCUGUCUCAUAGUCAAAUACGAAUUGAGGAGAAUGGGCCAGCGGCUUCGCCUGACUUAACAAGUCUCUCUUCCCCGUUCCCAGAUCAUGUUGCGUCCUCUCCGGCUCCCAGUAUAGCAUCCCAAAGCUACUUGCAAGCCUCAUCCGUUCCUCCCCCACAUUCUCCCUCUGUCAGCACUCCUGGGCACCAAGGCCUGAAUCCACGGGUCCAGGCAGCCAGAUUUCGAUUUCAAUCCAACGCUAACGAUCCAGAUCAAAAUGGAAACACGACUCCAAGCCCUACAUCAAGAGACGCCUCGCCCACAAGUCGAGACAACCUAGUCGCCAAGCAGCUGGCUCGGAACACAGUCACCCAAGUCCUCUCAAGGUUCACCAGUCCUCAGGGCGUGGCACCUGGACGUCCGGGAAUGUCACAUUCCAUAGAUGUUGGCACUUACCCUCCCCCGAUUAGCAGGAUGAGUUUAAAGGCUCCCAGCGCUUCGAGGAUUGAUAGAGGAAACCCCCCUCCUAUUCCUCCCAAAAAGCCAGGUCUUUCACAGACUCCGUCUCCGCCACACCCACAGCUUAAAGUCAUGAUGGAUAGUGGUCGCUCCCCUCACGUAGGUGCCAAAACUGAAGGCAAACUCCUGGUUUCAUCUUCUUCCUGCUCACCUCAAGGAAUCAGGGUAAUAAAUGAAGAGGUUAUGUCUAGAUCCUCACCCCAGCUGCCACCAAAACCAACAAUAGAUUUAUCUGUGGCAUCUGCAGGCUGUGCCAUUCCAUCCAUGGACAUGCCUCAGGUGGGUGCCUGGCCUUCCCCGUCCCCUGGACUGAGCCAACCUGCAUGUUCCGACAGCUCCUUUGUCAUUCCCACCACCAUUGCCUGUAGCUCUUCCAUAAACCCUCUUAGUGCUUCAUCCUGUAGACCAUGUGAUUCAGACAGCCUCCUGGUAACAGCCUCAGGCUGGUCUUCCUCCCUAACCCCUUUAUUAAUGAGUGGUGGUCCUGUUCCCCUGGGUGGCAGGCCCACCCUUCUUCACCAAGCUGCUGCCCAGGGAAAUGUCACUUUAUUGUCAGUGCUGCUUAAUGAAGGUCUGAACGUUAACGAUUCCUGUGAAGAUGGUUGUUCUGCCUUGUAUUCUGCUGCUAGGAAUGGACAUACAGAUUGUGUAAGAUUGCUGCUGACUUCAGAAGCACAAGUUGACUUUAUUGAUAAAAACGGAUUUACCCCCUUGUGUUCAGCAAUCGCUCAGGGACAUUGCAAAUCUGCAGAAUUAUUAAUCUUGUAUCAUGCCAAUGUUAAUCAUGCUGCUGAAAGAGGAGAGACUCCUUUACAUUUGGCCUGUAGAAAUGGAAAUAUUGAAUGUGUUAAACUUUUAGUGGAAGCUGGAGCAGAUAGAAGUGCAAAUACCUCUGAUGGCUGGACUCCAUUUCAUGCUGCUGUUGAUGCUGAUAAUGUUGAUUGCCUAAAGUUUUUGAUGUAUUAUGGAAAAUCAAGAGAUGGAAACUUUGAGAAUGAAGCAGAUACUAAUAACAUCUUGAGCUUAGAGAGUGAAGAUUUAUUUCGCCAUCAAGCAAAGCCUGUUGUUUCUGCAGAUCUCAUCAACCAUGUGAACAAAGAUGGCUGGACUGCAGCCCACAUAGCAGCGUCAAAAGGCUUUAAGAGCUGCCUAGAAGUUUUAUGUAGCCAUGAGGGACUGGAGGCUGAAAGAAAAGAUAAGUGUAACCGAACACUACAUGAUGUUGCUACUGAUGAUUGCAAACAUCUUCUAGAGAACUUGAAUGCUUUUAAAAUCCCUUUACGGAUUGCUGCAACCCAGAUGGAGAAAACUUGCUGUGGCAUGGAUGAUCCUGAUAUAGAAAAUAUAGUAUGGAUGUUAAAUAUACGAAAACAGACAACCUGGGAUGAUUUUUCCAAAGCAGUGACUCAGGCGGUGACAAACCAUUUCCAAGCAAUCGCCUCUGAUGAAUGGACAAGCCUGGAAGAUUUGACAUCUAAUAACACCACAGAAUUCAGUAUCGGCCUCACUGCGAGCAGUAUAUUAUCCAUCAAACUGGGUAAUGUUUCAUGGUCGGUAGGUCAGACCUUUCCCCAGCCACCUUGGGAAUUUUUGAGAAGCAAUGAGGUGGAACACGUCCUCAUAUCUUUACUUGGUCCCCAAGAAGGAUGUCUGCACAGUGUGACUUAUGCAUCGAUGAUCCAUCUUCAGACUUUACAGAAUUAUCUCAGGCUGGUGGAACAGUAUCGUAAUAUUAUCUUUCAUGGUCCAGAAGGAAGUUUACAAGACUACGUGGCUUAUCAGAUAGCCCUAUGUCUAAAGCACAAGCAACUGGCUGCAGGAUUCUGCUGUGAUAUAGUCAAAGUGAAGAUAGAUGCUGAUUUAUCCAAGAAGCAACUUGCAGAAGUAUUCAUCAACAGUGGUUGCUUGAUUCCAGUGAAACAGCCUUCCAUAAGUAACAGAAUCAUCAUCAUUUUAGAAAAUUUAGAAAAAGCCUCCUUAUCAGAAUUACUCGGGGACUUCCUUCAACCUCUUGAAAAUCGCGGCUUGGAUAACCUCUACACUGUAAAAAAAGCCAAUGGAGUAUCACAUGCGUAUUACUUCCACGAGAAUUGUUUCCUUAUGGGGACCCUUGCAAAAUCACGGCUUCAGGGCUCGGACUUGAUGGUUCAGCAACAUUUCCUCUGGGUUCAGCUAAGAUGGGAUGGAGAACCAAUCCAUGGCCUUCUGCGGAAAUUCUUGCGAAGGAAGGUUUUAAGCAAGUUCAGGGGACAAAUGCCACCUCCCUGUGAUCCUGUAUGCAAGAUGGUUGAGUGGAUUCUUACAGUGUGGGAUCAACUGAACUCAUGUUUGUCACGUCUUGGUGCACCCGAAGCUCUUGUUGGGCCUAGUCAUUUUCUUUCUUGUCCGGUGAUGCCUGGUCACAAUCAUGUAACAGUAAAGUGGAUGUCAAAAUUGUGGAAUGCCAUUAUUGCUCCCAGAGUCCAAGAAGCAAUUCUCUCCAGGGCUUCUCUGAAAAGAUCAUCCACAUCUGGACAAAUGGCAGUCAAAAAAUGUCCAAGCCAAGGGCAGCAGGCAGUAGUAAAAGCUGCACUCAGCAUCUUGUUAAAUAAAGCAGUUCUGCACGGAUGCCCUCUUCCCAGAUCAGAAAUGGAGCUGUACCUUGCAGAUUUUAAGGGAGGAAACUUUCCUCUCUCUAUGGUGACAAACUACAAGAAUUGCCCCAAGAAAAAAGGAGAAAAUGUUGCUUGGAAAAAAACAAACACAAGUCCACGUAAGAAGUCACUCCACUCAUCAGCCCAGUCCUGGAGUAAGCCAGAGGGAGGGGCAGAAGGUAUUAAAUCAAAUAAUAUAUUGAAGGAAAAUGGGAAUAAGGUGUCUUCCUUAGAAAAAAAGUCUCCCAACGAUGAUCCAUUAAAUGUGUUAAACCUGGAACAGAGACUGACUAUUGGUUCCGAUGGUGAAGUGGACUUUCUGCACGAACUUCAGAGUAUUUGUUUAAGCAAAUCGGAAUCUGACAUCAGUAAAAUAAUAGAUUCAGAGGAAGAGUUGCUUCUGACAAUCAGCUCUCCUCAGAAGGAUCCAGUAUUUUCAGCAAACAUCAGGAAUGCAAACAUCACAUCACAGCAGGAUGAGAAUCCUGAGGUCUGUCCUCUCAGCAGCAGCAGCAGCCAAUCUGCGGAAUGCAGCAACCAUAAAUCCAAAAUGGAGUCUUCUUUCAAGAGCGGCAGCGGCAGCAUUUCAAGAGUGAAAUCUUUUCUUCCUGUGCCCAGAAAUAAAGUCAGCCAGUUUUCUCAGAACAUUAAACGCAGCAGCAGCAGCAGCAGCAAUACAAGGCAAACAGAGGCAAUCUGUGACUAGAAAGAAGAAAUUUGGAACACGCGCACAC